ACAACAGAGUGAUGAAACUCCGAUGGUUUGGGAGAUGCUUCUUUACAUAUAUAUCCUCUACUCUCCAGAUUGGCACUACCGUAGCACAAUGCCCACCUUCCUCUUCCUCUAUGGUGCGGCCUUUGCUGUUGUUCAUUCAUUUGUCCAUUUUGGCAUUGGCUUUAAGGGUCAUGCUAUGUGGCACGUGUUCAUGGGUUUCAAUUCCUACUCUGCAAACACGUUCUUGAUGUUUUGCCGGGCUGAGCAGCGGGGAUGGGCGCCUAAGAUAGUCCAUGUCAUGGGACUUUUGCCCUAUGUGAAGAUUGAGAAACCAAAAUCGCAAUGAAUGAUAUUGUUCUGAUAGUUAAGUAUAGCUUUGGUCCAGAAGUCUUGACAGUUGAGGAAAGCAAACUAUCGAUCGAUUUUUUUGUUUUUGUUUCUCUCUUUAACCAACGGAUCUUAAUGAUCAUUUAGAUUUUGUCGGUUGGCAUUUUGUCUUUUAUUUUAUUUCUAAAAGCAGAGUAUGUAACAUAUUUCUAUAAGCUUUUUGUUUGCAGUAUUGAUUAGGUUGAUGGUUUUGCUUUUGGACCGUUUGAGUUCUGUUUGAGGCAUAUUCUCAAUGCUGUGACGGAUGUGCCAAUCGAAUUUUGGUUCCUUUUAUACCUUUUCACUCUUUUCUA